UAAUUUCAGUCACGUGAUCACUCAGUCGCAGCGAAAUUGGACUUUGACGGUCGUUCUGUCGACAUUCUAAGAUAUUUAUUAUUAUCUCGAGAUAUUAAGUUUAUCUGCCGUAUCAGUAACUCAAGGAGUAGACUAUACCACCAGCGGAUCAAUUCGGAUUCAGAGUUCCGGCUCGCCUGUCGUCUACCGUGAGGUAUAGUAAUUAUUAUUAUAACAAUGCCUAGAAAAGUGUACGUCGUUGGCGUCGGGAUGACGAACUUCGUCAAGCCCUCUACCGGAGGUGACUAUCCCGACUUCGGCAAGGAAGCGGUGUUAGAGGCCCUGGCUGACGCUCGUAUUAAAUACGACGACAUUCAACAGGCGGUCUGCGGCUAUGUGUUCGGUGACUCGACCUGCGGACAGCGCGUGCUGUAUCAGGUCGGAAUGACCGGUAUUCCCAUCUACAAUGUUAAUAACAACUGCUCCACAGGCUCAAAUGCAUUGUUUUUAUCGAAACAGCUUAUUGAAGGAGGCAUGUGUGAUGUAGCACUUGCCGUAGGAUUCGAGAAAAUGGCUCCCGGUGCUUUGGGAGGUGGUCAUUUCGAUGACAGAACCAACCCAAUGGACAGGCACACACUUAAAAUGGCAGAAAUUGCUGAUUUAACAGGAGCUCCCAUUACAGCACAAUACUUUGGUAAUGCUGCCAUAGAGCACAUGAAAAAAUAUGGAACGACAGAGCUCCAUCUAGCUAAAAUUGCAGCCAAAAAUCACCGUCAUGGAGUUAAAAAUCCGAGGGCUCAAGGCAAAAGAGAAUAUACAGUAGAAGAAAUUCUGAAUUCGAGAAAGAUUUACGGUCCUCUCACCAAACUGGAAUGCUGUCCGACCAGUGAUGGUGCAGGUGCAGCUGUCCUCAUGUCUGAAGAGGCUGUCAUCCGUUAUGGACUACAAGACAAAGCUGUAGAGAUAAUUGGAAUGGAGAUGGCAACUGACACUCCUGCUUUAUUUGAAGAGAACAGUCUGAUGAAAGUGGCCGGGUAUGACAUGACCAAAUUGGCUGCAAGCAAAUUGUAUGCCAAGACUGGAAUUUCACCAAAACAGGUAGAUGUUGUGGAACUCCAUGACUGCUUUGCUGCUAAUGAGAUGAUCACAUAUGAAGGCCUACAGCUAUGCGGUGAAGGUGAAGCAGGAAAAUUCAUUGAUUCAGGCAAUAACACUUAUGGAGGCCAAGUUGUAGUCAACCCAAGUGGUGGUUUGAUUGCUAAGGGUCAUCCUCUCGGAGCAACCGGCCUGGCCCAGUGUGCAGAACUCAACUGGCAAUUAAGAGGAGAGGCUGGAGAAAGACAGGUUCCACGCGCCCGGAUAGCGCUGCAACAUAACUUGGGUCUCGGGGGUGCUGUCGUCAUCACAAUGUACCGUAAAGGAUUCUCAAACGUGACGCCGAACAAUGUGGCCGCCGUCGCCGACAACCCGGAAGGCUUUAAGGUCUUCAAAUACAUGAAGAUCCUUGAAGAGGCCAUGCAAACCGACCAGGACAACUUGAUCGAGAAAGUGCGCGGGAUCUACGGUUUCAAGGUCAGAAACGGUCCAGACGGCGCCGAGGGUUACUGGGUCAUCAAUGCGAAAGAAGGCAAAGGGAAAGUCACCUACAACGGCUCUGAAAAACCCGACGUGACCUUCACGAUCAGCGACGAAGACGUGGCCGAUCUUAUAUCCGGGAAACUGAACCCUCAGAAGGCAUUCUUCCAAGGAAAGAUCAAGAUUCAGGGCAACAUGGGGCUGGCUAUGAAGCUAACUGAUUUGCAGCGCCAAGCCGCCGGCAGGAUCGAGACGAUCCGAUCUAAACUGUAAACGGAGUAGGUCCGCGGAUCUGAGUUGGUCGCGUACCAGCCACGAGAUAGUUAUACGGAAAGGUUACGGAACUAGGUUGAGGGCAUUUUAUACUCAUGAUUAGACGUACUCAGUUAAAUGAUAAGUGUUUUUAUUUUUUUAGUAAGAAAAAAAUAAAUAGAUCACAAAAUAUUUCACGAGUUCGAACUUGAAAGUGUAAUAAAUAGGUAAUGAAAGUUCGUUUCCAUAAGUAUUUGUUUUAAUAAAUGUUUAUUAAUAAUUACAUUAUUAUCAUUCCAGAGAUAUAUAUAUA